AGAAAGCAAGAUCUUGAAACGAGAACAUGGCUGUUGCAGGAGGGAGUCUGUUCCACAACGGGUUGCUGCAGCCGAACCACGGAGCCAGCGAGCCCCAGAUCGCCGAGCUGUGCAGGAGUUUGGAGGUGGGCACCGUCAUGACUCUCUACUACCCCAAGAAGUCGCAGCGGCCCGAGAGGAGGACACUGCAGGUAAAGCUGGAGACCCGCCAGAUCAUCUGGAGCCGGGGAGCCGAGAAACUGGAAGGAGAGAUUGAUAUUCGAGAAAUAAAAGAGAUUCGUUCAGGAAGAAAUUCCCGGGAUUUUGAGCGAUACCAAGAUGAUCCAGCCAAGCCUGAUUUAUCCCGGCCUGAUUUAGCUCACUGUUUUGUCAUUCUCUAUGGAAUGGAAUUCCGACUAAAAACUCUCAGCCUAGCAGCUACUUCAGAGGAAGAGAUGAACAUGUGGAUAACUGGGCUAAACUGGCUUUUGGCAGACACCAUGAAAUCACCAACUCCACUUCAGAUAGAAAGGUGGCUGAGGAAGCAAUUCUACAACGUGGACCGGAAUCGAGAAGAUCGGAUCACCGUGAAGGAUCUGAAGAGCAUGCUGUCACAAGUCAACUACCGAGUGCCCAACAUGAAAUUUCUGCGGGAAAAAAUUACAGACUUGGAGUUGCGGAGUGGAGAUGUCACUUACUGUCAGUUUGCUCAGCUCUACCGAAGCCUGAUGUACGACGCUCAGAAACAUAUGGAGGUUCGCUUUCUUCAGAGGAGCUGUGAGAGGCCUGAACUCAGCCAAGUCUCACUGCAAGAUUUUCAGCAAUUUCUUCUGGAGCAUCAGAAAGAAUUGUGGGCGACUGAUAUCCAUCAAGUCCGAGAGUUUAUGUUCAAUUACCUCCGAGACCCACUCCGGGAGAUCGAGGAUCCAUUUUUCUACCUUGAUGAGUUCCUGACUUUCCUGUUUUCCAAGGAAAACUCCAUUUGGGAUUCGAGACUUGAUCAGGUCUGCCUGGAAGAGAUGAGUAACCCUCUAUCUCAUUACUGGAUCUCAUCAUCUCACAACACCUACCUAACAGGGGAUCAGUUCUCUAGCGAGUCCUCAUUGGAAGCCUAUGCUCGCUGCCUAAGAAUGGGAUGCCGGUGUAUUGAACUGGAUUGCUGGGAUGGACCUGAGGGAAUGCCAGUUAUCUACCAUGGCCACACCCUGACAUCAAAAAUCAAAUUUAAUGAUGUUCUGACCACAAUCAAGGAUCAUGCCUUUGUGACUUCAGAGUACCCUGUGAUCCUAUCUAUCGAGGACCAUUGCAGUAUCGUUCAACAGCGAAACAUGGCUAACGUUUUCAAGAAGGUGUUUGGUGACAUGCUGCUGACCAAACCGGUCGACAUCACUGCAGACGGGCUUCCCUCACCCAAUCAGCUGAGGAGAAAAUUCCUGAUUAAGCACAAGAAAUUGGCCGAGGGCAGUGCCUAUGAGGAAGUCUCGACUUCUACGUACUCUGAGAACGACAUCAGCAACUCGAUAAAGAAUGGAAUCUUGUACCUUGAGGAUCCAAUCAACCAUGAAUGGAAUCCACAUUACUUUGUCCUUACAAGCAGCAAGAUUUAUUAUACAGAGGAGACAUCAGCAAAUCAAGCCAAUGAAGAUGAGGAAGAACAGAGAGAGCCUUGUAGCGGCACCGACCUUCAUGUGACAGAGAAGUGGUUCCACGGGAAACUUGGUGCAGGUCGUGAUGGGAGGCAGAUCGCGGAAAGGCUACUCACGGAGUACUGCAUUGAAACGGGAGCCCCCAAUGGCUCGUUUCUGGUGCGUGAGAGCGAAACAUUUGUGGGUGACUACACACUCUCAUUCUGGCGCUCUGGAAAGGUGCAGCAUUGUCGUAUCCAUUCCCGUCAGGAAGCGGGCAACCCCAAGUUCUACCUGACGGACAACCUUGUGUUUGACAGUCUGUACGCCCUGAUUACGCACUAUCAGCAGUUACCACUUCGCUGCAACGAAUUCGAGAUGCGGCUAACGGAACCGGUACCUCAGACUAACGCACAUGAAAGCAAAGAGUGGUACCAUGCCAACCUCUCACGUGCACAGGCGGAGCACAUGCUAAUGAGGGUGCCACGAGACGGAGCCUUCCUUGUCCGUAAAAGGAAUGAGCCCAAUUCAUUUGCGAUCUCAUUCCGAGCUGAAGGAAAGAUUAAGCAUUGUCGCGUCCAGCAGGAAGGGCAGUUCGUCAUCUUGGGGAGUUCGGAGUUUGACAGCCUAGUUGACUUAGUCAGCUACUAUGAAAAGAAUCCGCUGUACAGGAAGAUGAAACUCCGCUACCCGAUAAAUGAGGAAACCUUGGAAAAGAUCGGCACAGCGGAGCCAGAUUAUGGGGCCCUUUAUGAAGGACGGCAGCCGGGAUUCUACGUUGAGGCCAACCAGAUGCCGACGUUUAAGUGUACAGUCAAAGCAAUGUAUGAUUACAAGGCACAGCAGGAUGACGAACUCUCCUUCUGCAAAAACUCCAUCAUUCAGAAUGUGGUCAAACAGGAUGGGGGAUGGUGGAAGGGUGACUAUGGAGGUAAACGACAGUUUUGGUUCCCUGCCAACUAUGUGGAGGAGCUAAUGAGCCCAACUACUUCAGAACCAGAGAGAUUGCCCCUUAGUGAAAACAGCCCGCUGGGAAAUUUACUUCGAGGAUUUCUGGAUGUUCCUUCCUGUCAGAUCGCCGUUCAUCCAGAAGGGAAAGGCAGUCGUCCGUAUGUGUUUAAAAUAAAUGUAGGCUCGUUCAAUCGCUCGGGUGAGACAAUGGACCUGGCGGCCGAAACACUGGAAGAUCUGAAUGAUUGGGUGACCAAGAUCCGCGAAGCAGCACAGACUGCAGAUGCCAGGAAAGAAGAAGGGAAGAUGAUGGAGCGUAGAAAGAAGAUUGCUCUGGAACUCUCUGACCUGGUUGUGUACUGCAGACCUGUCCCCUUUGAUGAAGAAAAGAUUGGGAGUGAUCGGGCCUGCUACAGAGACAUGUCAUCGUUUCCAGAAACCAAGGCAGAGAAAUACGUGAACAGAGUCAAGGGGAAGAAAUUCCUGCAGUACAACCGUCUGCAGCUAAGUCGCAUCUACCCCAAAGGCCAGCGCCUUGACUCAUCCAACUAUGACCCCCUGCCCAUGUGGAUUUGUGGCAGCCAGUUGGUGGCAUUGAACUUCCAGACCCCAGAUAAACCCAUGCAAAUGAAUCAGUCCUUGUUCAUGUUGAAUGGAAAGUGUGGAUAUGUCCUACAGCCAGCCAUCAUGAGGGAGGAGCAGUUCGAUCCUUUUGACAAGCACUCAGUGAGGCCGAUGGACUCACUCGUGAUUCAGCUGCAGAUCUUGGCAGCUCGACACUUGCCGAAGAACGGCAGAGGCAUAACCUCUCCGUUUGUAGAGGUCGAGGUCUGUGGAGCUGACUACGAUAACUGCAAAUACAAGACUGAGAUCGUAGCAGUGAACGGGUUGAACCCCACAUGGACAGCAAAGUCAUUUUCCAUAACCAUCACUAACCCAGAAUUCAGCUUCUUGCGAUUUGUUGUCUACGAAGAGGAUGUGUUCAGCGAUCAGAACUUCCUGGCAGAAGCAACCUUCCCUGUCAAAGCCUUAAGGACAGGUUACCGCUCCGUGCCUUUGAAGAACAGCUACAGUGAGGACCUCGAGUUGGCAGCAUUGAUGAUCCGUCUGGAGGCCUUGGAAUCAGUGAUCAAGGAAAAUGGUGACACUGUUCUGUGCCCCUCAAACCCGUCUCUCCGGGAGCGCAAUGCUGACCAUGCCAACCAGCUGCUGACCUACCGAGGCAGGGAGGGAUCGUUCGAUAACCGAUAUCAGCAGGAGGAUCUACGACUUUUUCAAGAACAGCACCUGGAGCACACCGAGACCAGAGAGAGAAGAUUAUUGAGAAGAACUAGGAUAAGUGGAGACAACAGAUGAAGGCUGGUGGAGACGGACUGUGCAGACGCCCUGUCACUUCCAGGGACGUGGACUGCUGUAAUUUGGUUCCUAUGGAAACUCUUGCUGCUCUGGCCUAUUUCGGGCAGCUUCUCCAGUACGACUCCUAACCCUUGUAUUCACAGGAAAGUACAUUUUAACUUCAGAAUAAGUGACAUUUUUUUUAACGUGCUGUCAAAAAAAAAAAGUAGUUUUAAAGAAGAGAAAGAUAAGAAAAUUCACAUUGUACAGAGAUGGGAACUGGCCAGUGUUUCAUCUUCGUAAUUACUUUUCAGUUCAAGCGUGUGGCCUGGUCAGUCAUUCAUGAUCUACUGCUUAUUAAACUGUGAGGAUUGUUCUUACUUAAAGAACACAUCAAAUAUACAAUGUGUCUGUGUUAGUAAAAUGUAAUAUAAUGGUAAACAUGCCUUUCACCCAGGGCACAACAAGCCAUAAAGUAGAGUCUGUUUAUUAAAUACUUGACCAUGAUGUAA